UCCAAAAAUGCUGUUUCUGUAUAUUAUUAUUGCAUUUAUAUCCAAUAUUUUGGGAUUUCCAAGAAAAAUUCCUAUUGGAGGUAUAUUCGAUAGCGACGAGAUGAUUCAAAGAGCAUUUGAGAUAUCAAUCAAAGCAGUGAAUAAAAAUAUCAGUGUCUCUGAGCACGCGAUGGGUGUAUUAUUAACACCCAGAACCGAGAAAACUAAUAAAAAUGCAUUUCAUGUAGCAAAAAUAGCGUGCAAAUUGGUAAGCAGUGGAGUGGCCGGAAUAUUUGGUCCUCAAGAUAAAUUGAAAGCGGACUACGUUCAAAGUAUGUGCGAUACCUUGGACAUACCUCAUAUUGCUGCCAGAUGGGAUUCCAAAACAAAACGCGAUAAUGUGAUAAAUCUAUAUCCACAUCCUGACAUGCUUUCCAUGGUUUUCCAUGAUAUAAUACAAGAAUACAAAUGGAAGGAAUAUGCAAUACUUUACGACAACACAGAUGGCCUAAUUCGUAUGAGUCGUCUGCUAAAAUUGUCAAACGUGAAUACCAUUUCCGCCAUGGCGUUCCGUUUAGGUAAUGGACCAAAUUUUAGGCAAACCAUGAAAGAGGUAAAAAAAUCCGAUUACAAAAAUAUCAUAAUCGAUUGUUCGUAUGACAUUCUUGCGUCUGUUCUCGAGCAAGCACAGCAAAUCGGAAUACUAUCAGAAAAAUAUAAAGUGAUCGUUACUUCUUUGGAUCUGCAAACUCUGGAUUUAGAGCCAUAUAAAUAUUCCGGAGUAAAUUUAACAGGUGUACGUUUAAUCAAUCCGGAAAGUUCAAUUGUUCAACGCACCCUCCAAUUUCGGUCUCUUAAUUGGAAUUUAACGAACGGUUCUCACUUAAAAGUAGAAGCGGCACUCGCUUAUGAUGCUGUCCAACUUUUUGCGAGUGGUUAUGCACAAUUACGCGACAGCAUUAAUGGAAAUCUUAAGAAAUUAUUUUGCAAUCGUACAGAAACUUGGGGACACGGUUUCAGCUUGAGUAAUUAUAUGCGAAACACGCAAAUAAACGGAUUGAGCGGGAUGAUAAAAUUCGAUACGGCUGGAUUCCGGAGCGAAUUCCAAUUGGACAUUGUAAAUCUCGAAAUUCAAGGAUUGCGCAAAAUCGGGAGAUGGGAAACGAAUGUUGGUAUUCAAUGGAAGCCGAGAUAUAAAAUUCCUGGAGUGGAUGAUGAGAAAAGUUUACGUGACAAACAUUUCCUUGUCCUGAUAUCGUUAACAGACCCGUAUGGAAUGCUUAAAGAAUCAUCCGUUAGGACAAUUGGAAACGAUCGAUACGAGGGUUUCGCGAUCGAUAUAAUUCAUGAGAUGAGCAAAGUACUGGGGUUUAAUUACACCUUUGAAGUUCAAGCCGACAGCGUGUAUGGAUCGCUUAAUAAUGAGACCGGACAGUGGAAUGGCAUGCUAGGAAAAAUAAUCGCUGGCACAGCAGAUUUAGCGAUCACAGAUCUAACAAUCACGGCGGAAAGGCAGGACGCUGUAGAUUUUACGAGCCCGUUUAUGAAUUUGGGUAUAAGCGUGCUCUACAGAAAACCAACGAGCGCUCCUCCGAGCUUACUGUCCUUCCUGGGACCGUUUUCGAAAGACGUGUGGGUGCAUCUGCUCGCAGCUUACAUCGUCGUGUCAGUGUUAUUAUUCAUAAUUGGGAGACUCUGUCCCGUUGAAUGGACCAAUCCAUAUCCUUGCAUCAAAAAACCGAAAGAAUUAAAAACGCCCUUCACUCUGAUGGACACUCCGUUUUUCGUGAUCGGAGCUUUACUGAAAUCUCCUACUGGAUUUGCACCCGCAGGAAUUUCAACAAGAGCCUUGGCUAUCGCGUGGUGGUUUUUUACUCUGAUCAUUGGAUCGACGUACGUUGCCAAUCUGGCGGCCGCGUUAUCCACGAAAUCCGUCGUGUGGCCCUUCAAGACGGCGGAAGAGCUGGCUAAUCAACAGAAAAUCAAGUACGGCGCGAAAAAGGGCGGAUCGACGCUGUCAUUCUUCAAGGAUUCCUCGCACGAACCAUACAAGAUCAUGUAUAAUUACAUGAUGGAUCAUGCUGACGAAGUGCUUAUGGAAAAGAACGAAGAAGGCGUAUGGAAGGUGCAACAAGAGCAUUAUGCGUUUAUCAUGGAGUCCACGUCAAUUGAGUAUAUUAAACAGAGAAAGUGUAAUGUAACGCAGAUCGGUGGACUUUUGGAUGCCAAAGGCUACGGGAUAGCGAUGAAAAAAGACGCACAUUAUCGCACGGAUCUCAGCGGUGCUAUAUUAAAGCUGAAGGAAAACGGCAUAAUUAAUGAGUUGGAAAAUAAAUGGUGGAGACAGAAGCGAGGCGGCGAUAGAUGUGAAGAGAAGGCAAAAGUCCAAGUAGAAGCAUUAAAUUUCGAGGACGUCGGUGGAGUAUUUUUAAUUAUGAUAAGCGGCGUUAUGUUAUCGUGGCUUUUCACGAUAUGGUCAUUUCUUUGGAACAUUCGAAAUCUUGCAAUCAGACAUAACGUAUCCUACAAAGAAGAAAUGGUAGAAGAGUUGAAAUUCCUAGUUAAGUGCAGUAGCAAGAAGAUCGUCAAAAGAAGAAACACAUCCCUGGAGACGAUUAACAGCGAUAACAUCGAUUUCUAAUAAAGAUACAUGUGCCAUCUGUAGCAAGUCUUACGUGUAAAAAAAGAUUAAGUUCAAUUAAAAGAUUAAAUGAGUAAGUUGUUUGAAUUUUAGCAUUAUUUAUAAAUGGUGAUAAUGUCGAUUUAAGUGAAGCUAACCGAGUAUCGAAAGAUCUUCGAGAAAAUCUCACGCCAGAGUUCUACAAACUCGUUCUAACGAUUACCAUCGGCGCUAAGGCAGAAUGGAAAUAAUGCAGGAAAUAAACGUUUCACCACUACGCUCCUCUCAAAACCGGAAUUGACGGUUGCGGCGAAUCAGCGUUGCAUACGUAAAAAAUUUUUCAAUGAUAAUAGAUUACAUAGGGGAGCACCUGUUUAUGCGAGAGCAAUCGAGGAUCUCCGACAAUCUUUCGCGAGCGAUCAGUGACAUAACGAUUGAACGAUUCUCGUGUUAUCGAGCAAGAAAUGCAUUUUCUCGACGUUAAACGCGGAUCGACUCUCGCGGACAUACGUGCAUAAUGGAGGAGUCCCGUGAAAAUAUUUCUUAAUGCAUUCGAAGUGGGUAGGCGAGCA